UCAACUCCAUCCCCAUCUCCCUUUGUGUUUCCUCCCCUACAGAAAAAGAGAGAGUACCCAUUUCUUGAGAGAUUAAGAGUUACCUCUUGUAUUGUUCUUGGAAAUCUUGAAGCUGUGCUCGAUCAACAUGUCAACUGAUGUAUCAACAGCCUUAGAGUUCAUUAAGCACCACUUGCUUGGCGAUCUUCUUUCACCUAUUGCUACCUCCUCCUCAGCUUCUUUUUGUCAAUUUUCUACUAACACUGAAAUUUCUACUUAUGAGACUACAGGCUGCUGCUCACAGGCUUCGACUUCUGACUCUUCCACUGCAUUUCCUUAUUUUUUAGAUUCUCCUGGCCCUGAUUUCUUCGUAUUCUCUUCCGAUUUUAGCCCUGCUCAAGAUAACAAGACCAAUAUCUUCGAGUUUGAAGCUAAACCUGAAAUCAUUGAUCUCUUAACGCCAAAACCCCUCGAUUCAACCUCCCACCUCAAUUCCCAACCAAGCAGCAGCAGCAGCAGCAGCAAUAGCAGUAACUUGUUCGAAUUUGUGAAACCACAAAUUAUUUCUCAUCCAGUCAACAAUUUCUUCUAUGAAGAAUCAAAGCCUCGAGUUGAACCAACUCGGAAACCGUCAUUGAAAAUAUCGCUGCCCAGCAGAAAAUCCGAAUGGAUUCAGUUUUCUAACACGAACCCGCAACCCGUGGAUGAUAAUUCUGGUGUUGCUGUAGAAGAAAAAAAGCAUUACAGAGGAGUCCGACACAGGCCAUGGGGCAAGUACGCAGCAGAGAUACGGGACCCGAACCGGAGAGGUUCACGUGUGUGGCUAGGAACCUUCGAUACAGCUCUCGAAGCUGCCAGAGCCUAUGAUCGAGCUGCCUUCAAGCUGCGCGGGUCGAAAGCGAUUCUCAAUUUUCCAUUAGAAGCUGGGAGGUGUGAUGUACGCGCCAACGAAGAAGGUGAAAGGAAAAGACUUAGAGAGUGUGACGCGGAAGAGAGAGAGGAUGUUAAGAGGGUUAUGCGAGUGGUUAAGAGAGAGGAACCCGAGAGGGAUGUUCCGCUGACGCCGUCAUGUUGUACGGCUGCGUGGGAUAUAUGUGGCGAUUCAAAGGGUGUAUUUAACGUGCCACCAUUGUCUCCGUUAUCUCCUCACCCGUCGUUGGGAUUUCCACAGCUACUGGUUAUUUGAUUAGAAUUGAAUUGCCGUUUUUCUUUUUAUUUUUUAUUUACUCGAGUUUUUUCUUUUAAGUGUAUAUAUAGAAACGGAGGGAAAAAAAAGCAUGCACUGUAAUAAAUUAUGUUUUCCGUAA